UCGAGAUACGAGAUGGUUCCGUUGAAAUUCCUCUCACGCUGGAUUCCUCGUCUCUCCAAUGUCGCCACCACUCCUACCUCAGCGAACCGCUUCUCCUAUACAGCUCCACCUCUCCUCACUGCAUCUGGUACGCCUCGCCGGAGGCCAUCAGCGCUUGCUCGACGAGUUCCUCCAGGCUUCCCUGCAGUCAGUUCACCUAGCCGUCGUCUUUCCAGCUAUGCCCCUCCCGCCAAUAAUGUUGAAGAUGAGAGGACAAGAAGCGGGAACGACAGUUUUUGUUUUAAAGAUGCUUCUGGGACAACCUUGGAGGUCAUGGAUAGCAAACCUGAUACAUCAGGAGAAGUUGUGGUUGCAGCAGCGACACCUGAUUAUUUAAUGGAGAUAUUUCCAAAUAGCAGCCAUCGCGACGGUUCCAUAUACAGCGGCACAGACGAUUGGAAAAUUGACUAUCGUAUUGCUGACCGUAAUGAGACUUGGCUGGAGGCAAUGAUGUUUUCAGAUCCCAUAGAUUGCAGAAUGCACAAUGGAAUUUGCGAGUCACACGCAAGUCGUCACAUGUUGCAGUUUUUGUCAUUAAGGUUGGCUAAUAUUCCUGCAGAGCUUGGCUCAGUCGAGUUGUAUGGAUACAUCGCAGCUCGGGAUAAUAUGAAUCCAUUACUUAACUAUAUCGUCCAUUUUAGCAGGGAUGAUCCCAUCAUCUUGAAGCAGGGUUCUCUCAUCAACAUGGCUGGCCCUAAGCGAGGAAUCGAAUUGGUUGGUACUAUUCUAAUCGAAUAUGACAUGCGGAUCAAGGCAGGCGAACAUGAAAAAGAAGAUCUACAGGUGAUUGAUGGUGUAUCAUACUUGGAUAACAUAGACACAUGGGAUCGUACCCCGUUCAUAUUUCGCAUUUAUGGGGAUUGUGGCGCAAUUGAUGUUGGUGUGUCACGUCUUAACUUUGCAUAUGAGGCGACCAUAGAAGUUGUCAUAUCACAAGGGCAAAGCAGUUUUAGCAUGCGUCUCAGUUGUUUUACCAGUGGGUUACAUGAAGAAAUCCGGCUCUUUGAUGGUGCUAUUGGUGAGUCACGUGGCUUAAAGAGGUAUGUGGUUGCUGUAGCGAGCGAUGAUCAGAUGGAGUUGAAGUUUACGGUAGCCGCAGACUCGUGCGUCCCUGCUGAACAUUGCUGUUGCUUUGAGGCAAAGCAGCAUGGGCGUGCUACUCAAGAGAUUAGCACUGGUUUUGCAUUAAUCACAGUGAAGGUGACUUGGUCUACUUUAAAUAAGCCAAGAAGAAUAGCAACAACCUUAGACUGAACUUUGUCAAAAAAUAAAAAGGUUGGGUCUAUGAUGAAUGAGCCAAGAGUAAGCAAAGAAGCUAAGGUAGUUUAGUGUUGUCAGCCUGUGGCAGCAACCAAACACUCUACUAAUGAUGUUACAUCUGCUGAGGCCUACAUGAUCGUUUUGUCUCAGAUGGAUGUGGAAGAUAGGAUGAUUGUCGAGGAUUUGGUGACAAGUGUCAGGCAGGAGCUACAGCCAUAUCCCAGAUAGAGUCUGCUCUUGAGGCUAUGACAGAAGAAGUGAUAGCAGAAGCCUGAAUAGUAGAAGCAGAAGCUGGUCACGCGGCAGGAGUUGGUCACGUAGCCGCAGCCAGAGUCUUAGCAGGAGCAGAAUCCAUGAUCAGUGUGCAGGAUCAGAAUGCAGGCCGCGAGCAAGAUCUGGCUUAGAUGUGCCGCGACUGAAGCUGGGGACCUGUUUUAGCUGCGCCCUACUGGACCAGUAGCUGAUGUUGCUGCACUCA